AGUUUCCUCACCACCAAAAUGCCUUCUGCACCCCGCAAGCAAUCGAAGACUUACAAGGUCCCUCGUCGUCCCUACGAGUCUGCUCGUCUUGAUGCCGAGCUCAAGCUCGCCGGUGAGUACGGUUUGAGAAACAAGCGCGAGAUCUGGCGUGUCGCCCUUACUCUUUCCAAGAUUCGUCGUGCUGCCCGUGAGCUCUUGACCUUGGAUGAGAAGGAUCCCAAGCGUCUCUUUGAGGGUAACGCUAUCAUCCGUCGUCUUGUCCGUUUGGGUAUCUUGGACGAGACUCGUAUGAAGUUGGAUUACGUUCUUGCCCUUCGUAUUGAGGACUUUUUGGAGCGUCGCUUGCAAACCCAAGUUUUCAAGCUUGGUUUGGCCAAGUCUAUUCACCACGCUCGUGUCUUGAUCCGUCAACGUCACAUCCGUGUUGGAAAGCAAAUCGUCAAUGUUCCCUCCUUCGUUGUCCGUUUGGACUCUCAAAAGCACAUUGACUUCGCCCUUACUUCUCCCUAUGGUGGUGGUCGCCCUGGCCGUGUGAGAAGAAGAAAGCUCCGUGCCCAGGAGGGUGCUGAGGCUGGUGAAGAGGAGGAGUAAGUAUAUAAUCCCCCUUUUUGUUACUCUUGCACUGAACAAGUCUGGAUCCUUCGAGGUAUGCCUACUAAGAGUGUAUGUUAUGUGUGUAAACCUUGGA